UUUCCAAAAAAAAAAAAAAAAAUAUUUUUGUGGUUUUUUCGUGUUUUGAAAACAAAAAACUUACCCAUAAAAAUGCCCAGCUCGCCCUUAAGGACCCAAUACAAAUUACGCGACAUUUAAAUCCCCUCCACUACAUCCUUUGCCACAAAAGGAUAUUUUAUUUCAAAACGCUACCCAACAAUAAAAUGUUGCAGUCUCUGGAAAAUACCCCAACUUUAAAUCGCUCCAACACUUCUCUCACUACUCUACACACGACGCUAUCAUCUGCGGCUUCUGGUCCAGCAGUCAGUUCGUCGCCAGUUACCAAUAGUUCUACGGAAAAAGAGGAAAAAUCUCAACGAAGACGUUCCACAUUUUAUGUUCCCCUAGUCAUUGAAGACGACGACGAGAUCGACGAUAAAUUCGACAAAACUUCGAAUUCCGGCAGCCUGUCCAGCCUAACUAGUCACUCUACUAGCAGCAAGGAUUUCAAAAAUUCCAGCAACAUUAACCUAAAAAAGUCCACGACGAGCCUUUUCAAAGGCUCUUCUUCGGGGUCCCACAAGUCCAGCGGCGGUGGUGGUGGUGGUUCGCCGCGCAGUAGCUCAACCUCGGUCAAGGUCACCACCUUGCUGUUUGAAAGGGCCAACAGUACCUUGGGUUUUAGUACCACCUCUUCCAAUUCCUCUACAGCCUCAUCGGGCUAUCGUAGUGGCAGCGGAGGAGGUCGCAAGGGCUCCUCAUCUUCGUUAAAGAAAAUGGCACCACCCUGCGGUUUCAAUUGGAGCCUGACAGGGGUGGCCGAUGAUUUAUCCGGUGACCUGGAUGAUGACAGCGAUGCAGCAGAGUUCAUCAUAGCCAUGAAUAAGAAUAAAAUAACAGCCAACAACAAGGUGGCACCCAUAACUACCAGCCCGGAGAAGUCGUCCACCAGCUCGCCGGCCAAGCGGAACAGCAAAUCAUCGACUUUGAGUUCCACCAAAACCUCCGGCACAGCCUCCACCCACAGGCUGAGUUCCAGUAGCUCCACCAAAUCCAUAAUUUCCAACCAUUCCACCCCCUUGGCCAAAACCCGGCCAGCCAGUCAAACCACAGCUAGAACCAAACGAUAUGGAGUGGUCCUAAACUCUCCAGAUGAUGGCAGCUCUCCAAGGAAUUCCUUGACCUGUUCCAUUGCCGGGGACCACAUUAACGAGGCCCGGAAGUCCUCCAGUUCUUAUAAAAGUACCACUUCCUCGAAUGGCGGUGGCGUUGGCAAAUGGCCUUCGCCGGUCCCCCGUUCCCGCUACAGUGAUGGGGGUGGUGGUGCUGCCACUGAGGGUGGUGGUUUGGCAACCCCUGGCAAAUCGACGUCAUCGUUGUCAUUGUCCAAACAAAACACAAACGCCAAAACAAAACAAAGCAAAGUCUCAACGCUUGAUAACAACACCGCCACCACCUCGGCUACGACACCAUUUUCAUCUGCGCAUUCCUCCUCUCUAAUCGCAAAUGCCAGCAGCGGCACUCACAACUGCAACGACGAGUACGACGACGAUGAUGAUUCAGAGAUAAGUCGCAUGCAGACAAACACCUCGACUCCCAUCAAAAUGAUGAAGUCACGCUCUCGCACCAACAUCUUGUCAGUGCCGGCGGCGUCAAGCAGUGCCCAGCAGAGCUGCGAGCAAAAUCUAAUCAAUGUCGCCAAAAUAAAAGCUUCCACAACGCAAGGCAAACAACAACAACAGCAGCAGCAGGGAACGCCAGCAAAAACAACCUCCACCACAACAACAACAACAACGACGACACCCUCUCCCAAUAUUUUGCGAGUCAAGGCAAAAACUCUGCCACAAAAUUUAUCGCCCUCAGUUGUUUUGCAGCAGGGAGAAGCUCUGGACAAGGCCGCCGCAUUAUCGCCAAAAUCUUCUGCGUCCGCGAAAAAUUCCAAAAAAUCCCCCAACGAUCCCUCGGCAAACGCGUCGGUUACUUCCCUAAAUCGUAAAUUCGGUGGUUCGCAGGCGUGUAACUUAAAUCGCGAUUCCUCGUCGAAAAAUGUCAAGUCUGGCAACACCAUACUAACCUCGGCCUUUCCACCCAGGAAUCUCUUUUUGCUGAAAUCAACACCGAAACUAAGUAACGGCAGUUCCAUGUCCUCUUCAUCGGACAAUUCAUUGACUUCUCCACCCAACGGCAACAAGACUACCACCACCAGCAGCAGCGGGAACAACAACAACAACAAGAAAGACUAUCCACCCCAUCCUCACCAAAUCACCUCACCAGCCAAAAAAUCCCUCUCCUUCAUAAGACGGGCCCAUUCCACCAAGCUGUCGCGCAGCAAUUCUCUGUUGAAAUCCAUAGCCUCCCAACAUCAAAACCAAAUGCAAACUGGCAACUCGGGCAACUUUUGUUCCGGCAGUUGGGGCAAAGAUUUCUAUCUGCAAUACGAUGUCUGUCCCCUGGCCUUGGAUGAGCUGGAUACAUAUUUUCGUGCCGAAAAUUGUCCCGAGUUGAUAAGGGAACGUUUCAAAAUACUCGAUGUAGAUUUGGCUCCAGAGGCCAAUUGUUCCGGAACCGAGACAUUGGUACAGGAAAAUGCCACACUGUCAUCGGCAGGGGGUGAGACAUUGAGGCAUAUUGAUAGCAGUAUUGGCAGCAGCCCCUGUUCCGAUAAGGAGCAGACCCAACAUAGCCCAGGCGGGGCAGCAGCGGCCGGUAAUACCGGAGGAGCUGAGGGUGAUGAUGAGGAUGAAGAUGAUGAUGCAGGACAUCAUUCAGAUACUUCAUAUGAAAAAGCAUGCAGGCGUGGCUCAGCACCAGCGACACCCAUAUUGGGUCAAAAACAAAAUCAACAGGAAAACAAUACCACAUCAAGAUUUACGAAUUUCUUUUCUAAAAGAACGAAUGCUUUGAAACGUACAAAGUCUGUUACCAAAUUAGAACGCACCAAACGAGGUUCGGGAGGCUUACGCGGCUCUCGUUCACACGAAAGUUUAUUAUCCAGUCAUGCAGUAAUGUCAACCAUAGAUCUCUCUUGCACCGGUGCCGUGGGUGUGGCACCUGUCCAUCAAUCCGUACUGGGUCGCCGCUAUUGUUUCCAGGUACGCGGUGGACCACGCGGUGAACGUUAUUACUCGUGUGGCUCACGUCAGGAACGUGAUCUGUGGAUUUACUCGCUACGCAAAUCCAUUGCACCGAAUGCCGAGCACACCCGCCACACCGACAACUCCCUGAAAAUGUGGAUAUACGAGGCCAAAAAUCUACCACCAAAGAAAAAAUACUUUUGCGAAUUGCAUCUGGACAAGACGCUGUACGGGCGCACAAGUGUCAAGCUGCAAACCGAUCUACUGUUCUGGGGUGAAUAUUUCGAUUUCCCCGAUAUACCCGACAUCAAUGUGAUCACGGUGAAUGUUUUCCGUGAGGUGGAGAAGAAAAAGAAACGGGACAAACACAUGUUUGUGGGUUCCGUGAAGAUACCCAUUCACGAGGUGACCACCAGACUGUUCUCCGAGGAUUGGUAUCCCAUAUUGAGCGAGAAGAAUGACAGUCUCAAUCGCAAUGGCAAGGAGGUCAUACCCACAUUGCGCAUCAAGUGUCGUUUCCAAAGCAUUGACAUAUUGCCCAUAAAUGUCUAUGCGGACUUCUUGACCUAUCUCAAGGAGAACUACAAAAAGGUGUGUGAAACCCUGGAACCGGUCAUCGGUGUCAAAGCCAAAGAAGACAUUGGCCAAUCAUUGGUAUUGCUAAUGCAUGCCCAGGGUUUGGCAGGAGCUUUUCUCACCGAUGUGGUGGCCCUGGAUUUGUUGCGUGUUGGCGACCAACGUUUGACCUUCCGUGGCAAUUCACUGGCCACCAAGAGCAUGGAGGCAUUCCUGAAAUUGACCGGAGAACAAUAUUUGCAAGACACUUUGGCCGGACCCAUCAAUGAGAUCAUACAAUCGGAUCGUGACUGUGAAGUGGAUCCCACCAAGGCGACUGGCUCGCUGCAACGACAACAGGCCUCCUUGAGGGCUGCCGUGCGCAAUGCCUGGCAAUGUAUCUAUGAGUCACACAAGAAUUUCCCCACUCAACUGCGCAAUUGCUUUGCCACAUUCCGUGAAAGAUUGGAACAGCUGGGGCGCCAGGAUAUGGCAGAUAACUUGAUAUCAGCUUCCAUAUUUUUGAGAUUCCUGUGCCCGGCCAUAUUGUCGCCCAGUCUAUUCAACAUUACCAAUGAACUACCCUCCUCGCGCGCCACCCGUAACCUUACCCUAGUGGCCAAAACCCUACAAACCCUGGCCAAUUUCACCCGUUUCCAGGGCAAGGAGAAUUUCAUGGAAUUCCUCAACGACUUCCUCGAACAGGAGGCUCCCAAAAUGAAAGAAUUCCUGCAGAACAUUUCCACCCGCCCUGAACAUGCCACUCCCGAGUCCAUCCUAGACUGGGCUGGCUACAUUGAUCAAGGCAAACAACUGUCCAUACUCCAUAUGCUGUUGAGUGAAAGUGUUUCCAAGCUGCCUGAGGCCCGUCAACAUGACCUGGAUCCGCUGCAACAUAUUUUGGAUGAAAUAACCAAAGCCAAAGAAAGCAAUAGCUACAUGCAACAUAUGCCCUGCAACAUGAUGAUGAUGUCCACCUCGUCGACAAGUGAAAACCAGGAGAAUCGCAAUCCCGAUGAAAUGAUGACGUCACAGAGUUCAGCUGGUGGCCAAAGUGGUGUGGUGCAACAGCAGGCUCAAUUGGCCCAGCCACAACAUGCGGUGGUAACCAAACCCAUACCCGCCGAAAGGGGUAUUAUGAGAGGUGUUCUAACACCCAGUUCAUUGGAAAAGAACAUUUUCCGCUAUAACGAUCCCACAGUCAAUGGCAUACUGCUGCAGCAACAACAACAACAACAGCAGCAGCAACAACUCCAUGGCAAUUUGGAUAAACGCCAUUCGAAUUCACAAACCUCCAUUGCGGGACUAACCUAUACAGGUGGCAUGCAACAUGCCCAAAGCCAGACAUCGAUUGCAUCUUCAUCCCAGCUAAUGAUGCCGGGUGGGGUCAACCACCAUUGUCCGCCCGCACCCAAUGCCAGUGCCACCAACACCAUGGAUCGUUUGCAUUACACAGCCACCAGCUCCAAUGGCAAUCUCUCUACUGCCAGCCACAAUGGCAAUGACAGCGAAGUCAGUUCUGCUGGGGGCCAAGUAAGGGCCACCACCCUUCCAAGAGGCAAUAACAACUACGAUGAGUCCACCGGAGAUUUCAUACAAAUUUCUGGUCUGGACACCAACAGCGCCUUUGUACGCAAAUCACCCACACCCCUACUGAAGAAUCAAGCCAACCAGCAAGGUGGCGGAGUGGUAAGCAGUGCCGUGAGCAUGCUAAAUGCCUCCCAGCUCCAGAAGAAGCAACAAAGAGGGGUCUUAAACAACUCCUCAUUGAGUUUGACACUCAGCGAUCGUACUCCCAGUAAAUUGAAUUUGGGCAUACCCGAUCACUCCAGUUCACCAUUGUCACACAAAAUCUCUGCCGCCUAUCCUCCCUCGUCACGCCAGCGAGAUUCAAAUCCCAACUCAAAUAUGCCCAUGAAUUUGGAGGAUUUAGAUGAUCUCUUCAAAUAUGCCGAAGAACAUGCCGUUGUGGGUGAGGUACAACCUACCGCCUCGGCCAAAAACAACAAAGAACAGCUGUCGGGCAAGACCAGUCAUGGCUCCAGUUCCGGAUACCAAAGCAUUAACACUCAGAGUCGAGAGGAUAACAGCACUAAUCAAACCCAACAAAAGUCGGGCAUGGCAGCUCCAUUGGCAUUUAAGAAUCCCAGCUAUCAACUGCAGCAGAACUCUUCGUCGUCGUCGUCGGCCCAGCAAUCGGCUGGAGGGCAUCAUCAUCACCACCAUCAUCACCAAAGAUCCGCAUCGAGCAAUUACAAUUCGGCGCUAAGUGCCCAUCAACAAUUGUUUGGGGCGAACAAUAACAGUAGCAACAGGACCAAAUCAAAUACCGGUGGUUUAGUGGCAGCUCGGGCAGCAUUGCUAAAUGGCGCUGCCCCCUUAACACCCUCCUCCAGCGAGGAACGUCUUUCAAACGACAAUUAUCACAAUUAUGCUCCCGUGAACAAAUUGUUGAAAUCUCCAUCACAUGGUCAUUUGGAUGCCCAGAGGACCUUGAGUGGUGGCAGUACUUCAUCAGCCUCCAGUUCGAAUAUGCAAGGUUAUAAUGUGUCACAAUCCCAGCAGCAGCAGCAGCAGCGCAUGCCACGUACCAAUCCACAAUUCAAAAGGGAGGAUAUUUAUGCUCCAUUGAAUAAUGGCAGCAGUAGUUAUAUGACCUCAUCGUCGGCCUCCUCGGGUGGUAGCAGUGGCGGUGUGGUUCAUCCGGGCACUGUGGCAAUUUACAACAAUUCAGCAAGGCAGCAACAACAGCAGCAGGGCUCUAACAACUGUGGAGCUUUGGUAUUGGCCAGCAAUGGUCGUUAUCAAAGGCGUUUGAGUUUGGAUUCGGCCCGCACUCUGUCGGAUAGUUCAACCGAUGAUACAGAGGGUCAAUAUCCUCCCCAUGAGGCCAAUAAACGCCGUCGCCAGCCCCGCAAUCAUGUGAACAAUAGUUCAAAUGGCCUCCAGUCCACCAACUUGAAUGAUCAAAAUGGUGAAAUCCAAUUGCUGCAAGAAACUUUGGACACCCUGCGUCACACCCUGGACCGGGAUGAGGCUGAGUUGAGGGAUUCCAGUGAUGAAUUGUUUGCCUUGCAACGUUGCAAUGGUUUCAGCGGUUGUGGACCAAACGGUGUGGCCGGUCUGACGGCCAAUAAUUUGAGCUUGCAAUCGGAAUCGACAAUGAGGAGUAUUAUUGAUAGAUUAAUAACCAUGGAGGAGGAAUUAAGACGUGAACAGCUGAAAAUGUCGCUGGCAUUGUCACACAAACAGCGGGUAAUUGAGGAGCAACAGGGUCAAAUUGCUGCUUUGGAUGCGGCCAACAGCCGUUUGUUGAGCGCCUUGACCGUACUAAGGCAACGCUAUGAAACCCAGCAUCAACAGCAAAAUCAAACACAGCAAUAAGUUUAGUUUUUAAGUGAAAAAAAAUUGAAUAAAUAAAAUUAAUGUGUAGCUUUGAAACAACCCUAUUGCUUCACCUCCCCCCUUUCUUUAAGAAUCUGUAAUUUACUCAAAAUUUUCCAUUUUUUUUUUUGCUGUUUUACCUGUCUGUAUUUAUGUACUAAUUUUAAACAAAUCUUAAAUGUUAAGUUUAAUACAAAAGAAAAGUAUUUUUUAUCUGUUUUUAAAAGAAUAGAGUUCCACACCCCACCCCCGUCAACUCCAAUCCCCAAUUCUCUCAAAGAGUGUUUUUCAUUUUAAGUAAAAAAAUCGUAAUAAAAAUUUAAAUUUAUUAACCCCUCACAAAAAAAAAAACAUUAUUUAUAAUCCCUCUUUACCCUGUUCCCCCUUGGAGAAUAAAUGGGUAUUGUUUUUUUUUUUUCAAUUUACGAAAUAUAAACUAUAACCCCUUAUUUGCUAUUUUAACCUAAGCUAAGUUUUCCCAUUUUUGUAUUUUUAAAAUUGUAUUUUAUUUUUUAAUUUUAUAAUUUAUAUAAACCCAUUAUACUUAAGCCUAAACAAAUUAUAUAUACAAAAUAAAACAAAAAUAAAAUUUUAAAUAUUUAAAAGAAAAAAAUUUCAAAAAAAAAAAAAUACAACAUGUUACAAAACUUGAUUUUAUUAUAUAUUUAAUCAAACGACAUUUGAAAAUGUGUAAAAUAUUACUUUAUUAUAUUUGAAUAUGUUAUAAUUUAUAAUAAUAAUUUUUAACCAAAGUUACAAUUGCAAACACCUCAAUAGUUAAGCCAUGCCAUGUGACAAUGGCGCGGGAGUCUCUGUUUUGGUGUUUUUUUUUUUUUGGGGGGGAGAGAAUUGC